GAGGCGUUUUAUACUGUGCAUCUUAGUAAGGCUACAGAAGAAAUUUACUUGUUACUUGUUUCGAAGGGAAGUUUUACGAAGAAAUCUUUUUUCGUUUGGAACUUCAGAUUUGUAACCAUGAAUCUCAACUAUUGGAUCGUUUUAACAAUUCUUUUUAUGCUAACUGACAAAGUGAGAUUAGAUAACUCGUCGUACAACCGCCAGGAAACUGCUAAACUUGCAGCAGGUGCUAUUGUUGGUAUUAUUAUAGGAUGUGUGGUUGGAAUUAUUGCUUGUUGUUCGUGUAUAUGCUAUCUCUGUUGUAAUUGCUGUCGUGGAACAACAAUUGUGCAACAGAAUGCUGCCGUUGCUCCUCCUGCUCCGACUAUUAUUACUAUACCAAGUGGGGGAAAUAACGGAGUUUCAAACGUUCCGUCAUGCCCACCUGCUUAUACUGCACAUUAAAAGUUUACAAGUAUUUGUUUUUCAAAUAUUGUAAAAAUUUUAUAUUUAAAUAAUAAAA